GAUCCAGGGUUCCUUCACUGCUUACCACCUAGCCAAGCGGGAGAAAGAAGUUCUCUUGUUGGAGCAGUUUCUUUGACUCCAGAGCUGUUCCUUUGUGCGUGUGGAUUCCCGAAGCCCCCCUCCCCUGGGCUUCAUGCACGCACCAACCCUCCCCAAGCUGGCCCUGAAACUGGUCCUGAAUCGGAGGGCUGAGAAGAGCUGAAGGAAAAAGUGUUCCCCCUCCCUCACUCGCGAGGCAGCUCGCACGGGCAGACCCGCAUCAUCCGGAAGGUGUACCCCGAGGACUUCUACACAAGGAUGAUGGGCCAGUGCUACCAGCUGUGGGCACAGCUGGAACGUGAGGCGGGCACCCAGCUGUGCAGGCAGACGGGGCUGCUGCUGCUGGGAAGAGCAGAGAACCCCGAGUUCCAGGCCAUGCGGGACUCCCUGGCCCAGCACGGGGUUGCCCACCAGGCCCUGCCCCCGGAGGAGUUGCGACGGCACUUUCCUGGGAUCAGGGUGCCAGGGGGCGAAGAGGGGCUUUUGGAGCAGAGCGGGGGCGUGCUGUUCGCAGACAAAGCCCUUAAGGCCCUGCAGGAUGCAGUCCGACAGCUGGGAGGCGUGGUGCGUGACGGGGAGAAGGUGCUGGAGAUAGAGCCGGGGUUCCCGGUUACCGUGACAACCAGCUCCGGGACAUAUCACGCCAAGAACCUGGUGAUUACUGCAGGACCCUGGACCAACCGCCUUCUCCUUCCCCUGGGACUCAAGCUGCCUCUUCAGACUGUUCGCAUCAACGUGUGCUACUGGCGGGAGAAGGAACCUGGCACCUAUGGGGCAGCCGGUGGUUUUCCCUGCUUCCUGGGGGUGAACCCGGGCCCAGCUCCCCACCACAUCUACGGGCUGCCUGCAGGGGAGUACCCGGGGCUGGUGAAGGUCUGCUACCACCAUGGCAAUGAGGCAGACCCUGAGGAGCCAGACUGCCCGUUGGUGACCUCUGACAUCCAGAUCCUCAGUGACUUUGUGAGGGACUACCUGCCCGGCCUGCAGCCUGAGCCUGCGGUGGUGGAGCGCUGCAUGUACACGAACACUCCAGAUGGACACUUCAUCCUGGAUCGCCACCCAACUCAUCCCAACAUCAUUGUUGGAGCGGGAUUCUCUGGGCACGGCUUCAAGCUGUCCCCACUGGUCGGGAAGUUCCUGUGUGAGCUCAGCCUGGGCAUGGAUCCAUCCCAGGACCUGGCGCCAUUUCGAAUCUCCCGGUUCUGCGGCCCGGGCAAGGCCAGGCUGUGACUGCCCUGGGCAGAGCCGGCCCAGGACCCCUCUGGGCAGCUUCUCCUUUGCAGGUGGUUUCGACAUUGCCUGCCUCAAGGCAUGCCACCCAGAUUGAUGUCAUGGGAGAGUCCCCAAACCACCACUUUUCCCUAUUCUAAUUCUCUCCCCCUUCUGAGAGAGAGAAAGAGAGAGAUCAAAGGAUCCAGGGGGCCCCAGACCAAAAGUUAGACUAUAGGGAGAACUUACCAGAUGUCAGGUGAGGGAGACCCAGGAAUGAGAUUGAGGGAAGCUGUGGGAUCUAGUAGUAGCCACAUGGCCUAAUAGAUAGAGCAUGGGACUGGGAGUCAAACGGACCUAGGUUCUAAUCACAACUCUGCCACUUGUCUGCUGUGUGAUCUUGGGCAAGUCACUGAACUUCUCUGUGCCCCAGUUGCCUCAUCUGAAAAAUGGAGAUUAAGUCAGCGAGCCCUGUGAGGGACAGGGACUGAGUCCAACUUGAUUAACUUGUAUCUACCCCAGCGCUUAAUAAUGUGCCUGGCACAUAGGAAGUGCUUAACAAAUACUGUACAAAAAUUCCUCAUUUGGGUAUCUUUAAGAUUGGGAAGAGUCUUCAGAGUGCUUGGACCCAGUUCCAGAAAGCCUAUUUGGAAGCAGGGGGAUGGUCAACUUAACCUCUGGGUUUCUAUUUUUUUGUAAUCAAAUGCCUUCAGAGUCUCCCUCCCUGAACCUAUGUUUCAGAAAGGGAAUCGGCCAAUGUCUUCAAUUUCCGUCAAGUGUUCUGGCUUUGGUUCUCUUCAGCUCAAGUCCUCCAGCUCCUUCCCUCUGGUCCCCCCCCGUCCCUCCCCCAACCUCAUGCUCCACCCGAUGCCGGAGGGCCGAGGUCCAGGUCCGGGCCUCAUUAAGGUGCAUUGUCAGGUCCUUAUGAAGAUGGAGCUGUUAUCCCGGGGAGACACACUCUCGCUCAGAAGCCCGCUCAAUGUUUGAAUGUUAAAUGUGCCAUUUUAUUAUCAUUAGGAUCGCUCCCACUUAAUGAAAGCGCAUUAGCGUCGA